CAUUCCGGAAAACAGUCGGCGAUCAGGACUGGGUGCCCACCCUCGACCUGUAUGAUCGCUUUGAUUUUAGCGGCCUGCGCGAGAUGAAGAUGAACGUGCUGGAGGCGUUCCGCCACGACAUCGACUGCCCGUUCAUCGGCGAGGGCGAGCGGUUGUUGCGGCAGCGUGAAGGGCGCUGUCCCCGCGAGAAUGACGAAGAGUGGGUCCUUCUCAUUUUGUGC